AUGGGACGAUCGCCUUAUCCGAGGAAGAUUUUCCUUCACAAGGAGAGAAGGACAGCCGCCAAAUUCAGAGAGCGAAAUCCCAGGACUGUUAUUAACUGGGGUCUCUUCGCUAUGUUAGUCGGCUGCUGGAAAGAUUCCGCAAUGGACAACAUCGACGGGGAAUAUGACCGGCUCGUUGAACAACUUCACGACUGCACGAAAAAGGCUGAGAGUUUUGGAACCACCAAGAGACGCAUGUCUCUUGAAGCUCUUGAGCUGAUACGCCAGCGCGGUGGCAGUACCUAA